UUGAAAAGAUAAAAGAAAUUUUGAUCUUCAGAGGAAAUGAAAAGAGUGAAAUGAUUAUAAGCCUGGCUGAAGAUUUCUUCGAUGUGUUGCUGGCUCUAUGGGACAGCAGACCUGAAGGUAAACUGGAAAUACUGGAAAACUUUGUUCUGAGAACGUGCACCCUCAUCACUGACGUAAGAAUUAAUAUCUACGUCCAGCAAGAGGUAGUAAGAAAACUUAACUUAAUGCUCGACAACAUGCCUCGAGAUGCCAGGAAAAAGAUAUUUUCUACAAAGGAAAUGUUGUGUGUCAUGAGUGACAUGGGGAAGAGAAUUUUGGAUGCUGGAGACUAUGACCUGCAGGUAGCCAUUACAGAAGCUUUAUGCAGAAUGAUAUCAGAGAAACAAAGAGGAGAACUGGCAUGCCAGUGGUUUUCCAUGGAGUUUGCGUCCAGUGCAUUUAAAGGAAUUAAAGAUUCUGAGUUUGAAACAGAUUGCAGAAAAUUUCUUAACCAGGUGAAUGGCAUGCUGGGAGACAAAAGAAGGGUUUUUACAUAUCCAUGUUUAUCAGCAGCUCUUGAUGAAUAUGAGCUACAGAUACCGUUGGAUGAAAAUCUUGAAGAAUUCUGGAUUGAUUUCAAUGUUGGUAGCAGAAGUAUAUCUUUCUAUGUGGCAGCAGAUGAUGCAGAUCACCAUUGGGAAACAGUCAUUAUACCAGAAGAAGAGGUAGACCAGUACAGCCUUGAAGAAAAAGAUUCAAAGAAAUUAUUAACAAUAUCUCUGAAAAGCCCAAUGCAUGUGGGGAAUCAAGAAGGAGAGAAAUUCUUCUUAUAUUUUGAUUCCAUCUUGGAAAUCAAAGAUGUAACUAGAAAGAUUUAUGGAUUUAAUAAAUGUAAGGUUCUGGUACCAGAAAGUCAGUUGUCACCAGAAAAAUCUGAAGAGGAGGGCAAACUCAGUAAGUACAAAACCCAACAACCUCCUGGAUCUUUGAGGACUCUGAAUAAAAAUAACAGCCAAGAAAACUGCAGAGGUGGUUCCUCCAAGGUAACUACGUCUUGUAAAAGGAAAGUGUCUGAAGCAUCUGUGCUUAUUCCUGGAAGAUUUUCCACAAGAAGUCCACUGGUAUUUGUUAGCACAUCCACUCCUUGCAAAGGACGAUUUAAAUUACCUUUGGAAAUGAUGAGCUCUGCUGAAAGGUCUAACAGUACAGCAAAUGAGACCAGAACAAAGAACUUCUAUCAAGAAUCUACUGGAAGUGGGCAACGACAUACACAGAACUUACUGUCUAGUGAAACAGAACAGAAAGUCAGGAAAUCAAGUAUCAGAAAUGAGGCAAAACCCCCUGAAAAGCAAAUGUGUGCUGAAGAAGCUUUAGAAAUGAUAAAAGAGGCGGAAGUUGGGGCCACGCAAAAGCAAACCUUAGAUGAAGUGUUAGAUAUUGUUCCUGAUUCUCAGCCAGUAGGGAGAAGCAACAAACCGUUGCUACCUUGUGUUUUGGAGAGUUCUUUUGAUAAAAGCAAAGCAUGGAAAAAAAGAUCAUGCUCUGUUCCUGAGAAGAAUAUAUCAACGGGCGACAGGCAAAAGCUGAAUCAAUCAUUGGAACCUAGAGCAUCCGAAACAUCUUUGCAUUCUGGUUUUACGAAAGAGGAAUCUGAUGUUCCUGUUAGAAAAGAGACAGCAAAUCCAAAAGCAUCAAACACGAAAACAAAGUCUAAAGAAAUGACAGAUGCUGCAAAAUCACUGAUUAGUAAAAUCAGUGACAGAUAUAAAGUAAAGACAGAUGAGAAAAGCAAAGCAAGAGACUCCUUGGGUUUUAACAGGCCACAUUUAAAUAAAUCCUGUGUCUCUAAGGACGGAGUUCAGGAUAGAAAGCUGAAAAGCUCUACUUUUCUUAAUGUAACUGCUGGUCCUGUUGUGGAUGAUGUCUACAACUUUAACAUCACUGGGUUUGAUGAGCCUACGAUAAAGCUUGGAAUGGAAGAAUUGCAUGUUACUAAAGUGAGCACUCAUACAGAUUCAAACAAAAAAGGGAAUGCAGAUGAUGGUAAAACUAGCACUGAAGUGAAAGAAAGAAAACAAAUUACAAACAACAAAAACCAGAAGCAUUUGUUCAGUGACACGGAUACAGAAAACAGAGGUGAUGACUGCAAGACAGACAUUAGUUGGCUGCGAGAAUCGAAUAGAAAACCUAAAGCCCACUUAAUUGAUUACAGCAGAAAUAAGCACUUGGGGAAACCCAUAAACACAGUCAAAACAGAUAAAUUGCCUGAACCUGUUUGCCACGUGGAUAAACCUAAAGGCAAAAAUGCAAAUAAGAAAAAGACAAACAAAUGUAAAAAAGAGAAUUCAAGAACUGAUGAACCAAUAAAACCAACGACCAGACAAAAACGGCCUCGAAGAGCAGCGUUAGCAAAAAACUACAAAGAGCUUUCCAGUUCAGAGUCAGAGAGUGAAAGGGAAUCUCUAACAUGCAUCUCUAAGGAGGAGAAAUCAAAAAUACGGAAACGUAUGAAUGGAGAAAAUAGGGAUGAUAAUCAGCAAAAGGAACUCCAGAAUAUUUCAUCUACGGAGCCAAAGAGAGUAGCAAACUGUGUACAGAAAGCAUUUACUGAAUCAAAGAACUUUGCAGAAGAAAAGAAAAUUGAAAUGCCCUCAUUUGAGAGUCCCAUGUCUCUUGAGAUCAUGAGAUGUACUGAAAGAAUAUCAGGAGGAGAUGUUACUCAAGAACAUACUGGUAGUGAAAGAUCACUCAGUCUUCAGGAGUUAACACCAGAAAAAACAGAAAUGUUAAACUUUGAGAAAGGAAUCUCUCCCAGUGAUUUCUGUCCCCAGAAAAAGAACUUUCAAAGUCUGUGUCUCAAUCAGUCCCCUGAGAUGCCUGCUAAAAAGUUAACAUUUGGAAAUAAAAGUUUCUCACCAGCUUUAAGUGAAGCAUCUUUGCUCAGCUUACCAACAUGUAAAACUGUUAAUGGAAAACCUGCAAAGGGAUCCACAUGCAAAACACGUGAUAAUAAUGAAGAUUCGAGUUUCAGACAUUGCUUUUCAGACACGCGUUCUAUUAAAGGAAAACUGCAUGAUACAACUACAACAAUAGACACAUGUUCUAUUAAAGGAAAACUACAAGAUACAACUAAACCUAUCACCAAAAGUAAAGAGGAGGAUUGUGUAGCACCACCUCCAUCGUCUGCUUCCAGUGGAAGUAAAGUACAAUCUUGGAGUGAAGAACCUUAUGCCCCUGUGCAUGAGUCAGGACCAACUAUACAGCCAUUUCUCAAGCGAAGGUACCACAGUGAUCCAGAAAGCAAUUCUGAUGAAGCAGAAACAAGCAAAGAGGAGGAAAAGAAAGGAAAGAGAAGAACAAAGUUACAGCCUAGAGAACUAUUUAAAACAGAGAGUGCUGCUACACACAGAGUGUCUGAAAGCGUAUCUACUGAAUCUGCAAAUGAUCUGUCUGGUUUGGAUGGGGAAAUCUGGGAGCCGGGUUGUUCAACUAUCAGUAUCUGUCAGAAGCUCCAAAAAGAAUUUACUAAGAAAAUUGAGAGCCGCUCCAGGAAAAUGGAUAAUUUUGCGAAACAAUCACUGCAAGCUGCCCAUGAGCAUUUGUCAGCCAUGAGUUACCAGCUUCAUGAACACAGGAGCAGGCAGCUGGAUGAAUUCCGUUCUGCUCUCCUUGAGCAACUUGAGAAUUUUGAGAAUGAUUCUCAGUCCCUGAAAAACAUGGAAAAAGAAUUCUCGACCUUUUGGAAAAAGCAUACACAUACUUUUAGUACAUACGUGAAAAAUGAGCAGCAGAGAAUUCAGAUUCUUAAAAGCUCAUUUGAAAAGAACAUCUGCCAUACUGGUGACUGUGAAGAACAUGUUUUUACUUCAGAGAUGAAUCUGAUGAAAGAAGACUUAAAAGGAUUCCAAGAGAAGCUUCUGAAAGAAAUGCAAGAAGAGGAGUUGUGCAAUGUUCGCAGAGGAUUGCAGACAUUGUUUCAAUCAGAAGAUAGAAUUCUGCAGUAAUAUUGUCAGAUACCUUCCUGAAAUUCAAGGUGAAUAUAAAUGCUCUUUUAUAAUGUAAAAUGUGACAGCUUUGGGGUUUUGAUCUCAAGGAAACUGCUGUAAUGAAAGUGUUUUUUCCUUAAUAAUAUUCAAAUCUUUGUGGAUAAGACUUCUUUUA